GAAAUUUACAUGUAGUAAGGUCAAAUAAUUCGAUUAAAAGUUGAUUUACCUUCGCUUCUUCUAUAGACGAUUUUAGAAAUAUUUUUUUCUUAUGAGUAUUUUAUCAUUUUCAUUAUUAUAUAUAUUGAUAGUACCGUGUUUUUCGAUUGAUAUUUGUUCUUACAAACGAAUAUAUAUGUAUUCUAAAAAUACAAGUACAUAAUUAUUUGUUUUUAUAAGAAUAUAUUCAGCGUACAACACAUAAGACUAUUGAUGUAUAAUGAUAACAAUACUAAAAUACUUAUAAGAAUAUAGUAUGAUAAAAUAUUGAUAUUAAGAUUAAACACAAAUUGGAUAGAAUGGGAGCAUGACUAAGUUUCAUGACUAAAAGUAUUUAUUAUUUUUAGAUGGGAACUAAUUCGAACAAAAAAAUGGCUGCGUAUUGUAUUACCUAUUGUGAGAAGUGGAGAUACAGAAAAAACAUUAUCAACAGAAGCAACAAUAAUGAUAACAACAGCAACUAUAACAAUGGUAACAACAAUUUCAAUGAUAACAAUAGAAACAACGACAACAACAGAAACAACAACAGCAGGAAGAACAACGACAACAACAGGAACAACAACAGCAGGAAAAACAACGACAACGAGCGGUCCAUGUUUGAUAUAUUCUGAUCUAGCAACUUUCGAACCUUCAUAUUUAUAUGCUAAGGCAUGGUCUGUAUUAUUAGAUGAUGUUAAUGAAGAUGCCAAAUUAGAUAUUAUUGUUGGAAACCUCGAUGAUAAAACUAUUACGAUAUUCUUAAAUCUUGAGACAUUUACUCAAUCGAAAACAGUUUUACAUGAAAUCGAACUGUCAUGUAUAACUACAGGUGAUAUUAAUAAUGAUGGCAAGAUCGAUAUUAUUGCUACCAGUAGAGGUGCAAUGGCGAUUACCGUUUUUUAUAAUACUGGCAAUGGCAACUUUAACAAUACGAUGAUCAUUCCAACAGAAGCAUCUCUAUCUAUCGUGAAAGCAGUGGAUAUUAAUAAAGACAAUCAACUUGAUCUUAUUGCCGUUCGUUCGUAUAACUAUAUUAUCGUUUUUUUGAAUGAUGGUAAUGGUGUAUUUAGUAAACAAAUCAGGCAUGAAACUACUACUGUACUACAGGAACUGGAAGUAAUCGAUGUAAAUAAUGAUGCUCUGCCUGAUAUCAUUGCAACACAAACUGGGUUUAGGUCAGGAAUUACUGUAUUUUUAAAUACCAAUGAUGGUAGUUUUAUCCAGCAAAUGUCUAUUGAGGCUGGCUAUGGUUUUUCUUUAGUUAGAGCUGUUGAUAUAAAUGGUGACAAUGAAAUAGACUUAAUCAUGAUAUUUGCUUCGUAUUUUCAGAUAUAUUCCGGUCUUGGCAAUAGUACAUUUGCCGAUCCAAUUGAAUAUACCAUUAAUUAUCAAUUGACAUCUUUAGAAACAGCCGAUUUCAACAAUGACAAUAAAACGGAUAUUAUUAUCUCACAUCCUAAGGACAAUAAAAUUAGUAUUUUUUUCAAUACAGGUAAUGGAACAUUUAAAGAACAAAAAAUUAUUGACAACAUUGACCAACCAGAGUAUGCAGCGGUGAUUGAUAUUAAUAGUGAUGGUAAACCAACACUUGUUGUCGCAAACAAUCAAAAUAUCAGAACACUUUACCUUCGUUGUUAG